UUGUUGACCACGGCUCAGUCAUUUAGUCACCUGCCAGCAGCCACGGAGGGUGAAUGUACCUGUCCAUCCACCUGUGUUUGGAACUUCCGAUUUAUUCUCUUGUGGAUGCAUCACGAUGAAGCCUCUAUUGAUAUUAGGAAUGCUAGCGGCGACAGGAGGCGGGUGUUUGGCGACAGGAAACACGUCCUGUAACCAAGGCUGGGAGCUAUGUCCCUCCACCCAGCAGUGUGUGCACAAGCAGUGCAUGAAUCUCAUUGCUCAAGAGUUUGAGAGCCACGAGUGUCAAGAUGGUCAGGUGUUCUGCAAGGCCAUGGAGGCGUGCGUCCAGCCCUGCUUUACUUCUUAUGCUGAGACGUGCAGCCCAAACUCUCCUGUGUCUCCCGUCUGCCCCUCGGGACACGUCUGCUGCCAGAAAGACGCAUCCAAGACCUGCACCACACCCGAGGACUGUCAGAGAUCGGCCGGCCUCCAUCUGCCGUCCCCCACCUGUCCAGACGGCUACGUGUUCUGCUUAUCCGUCGGUGGGUGUGUUGUGGGCAGCUGUCCUGAUGUUUCUGCUAGCGGCCGCUGUGACGGGAAAAGGGUAUUCUGCCCUUCUUUGAAACGAUGCGUGACGGAGAGGGAAUGUUUUGGUGCGAAUGUCAUAGAGGAGGCAGCCUUCACCUGUCCGCCGGGAAAGCCCCUGUGUCUGGCUACGGGAAAGUGCGAGGAGCCCUGGGCGUGUAGCGAAAGUCUCGGAGCCCGUGGAGGAGAGAUCUGUCCUCCACACAAACCUGUCUUCUGUCUGGCCAGCCGAACCUGUGAGGUGGCAGGAGGAUGCAGCAGCCGCCCCCCAGAGACUAUGGCAAGGAUUUGCCCCCGAGAGUACAUAUACUGUGCUCAAAGAGGAGAGUGUGUGGCCAGAAGCAGAGGUUGCAGUGAUUCAGGUGUGAGGAAACCACUGUUAUCCUGUCCACAUGGCACCACCUUCUCAAUCCCAAGUGGCACCUGUGUACCAGACUCAGAGAACAGCCAAACACUUGGCGGAGAGAAACAAGCUUGCCCUUCUGGUAGUGUUUUCUCCCUUUCUAGUAGCAAGUGUGUCCCUGACCCUGCAAGAGAAAGAAAAAAAAUCUCUUGUCCAGCUGGUACAGUGUAUCACCUUACUGAAGGCACCUGUGUCCCAGACCCAGUGAUGUAUGAAGAUACUCCUAGUUGGUCUUGCCCAAUGAGCAAUGAGUCCCGCAAAGACAGCUUUGCUUAUUCUACGUGCAUCACAAGUGAUCAUUGUUCCAGUGGUUUGUCAUGCUGCCCAGACCCAGAAACAUGGCAUUUUCAGUGCAUGAAUACUGUUGGUGAACCAGAUCCCAGUGCCCUUAACAGAACUUGUCAGCAGUUAGACAAGCCCAAACAUGACACUGCUUUAAGAUGCACAAACCCAAAUGAGUGUCCACAGGCCUCUGUCUGUUGUGGAGGGAAAUGCAGGUCCCAUGAUGGAGUUGCAACCUGUCCUAUUGGCACAUUGUUCUGCCCAGCCUCCAAUGCCUGUGUACGGCUUGGAAGUCAGUGUGGCAAGGUUUGUCCCCCUAAGCACGUUCUUUGCUCACUUUCAUCAGACUGUGUCAUUUGGAGUUCUUGUAAGAGUGAUAAUUACAUGAGUGGAGCUCCAUGGAUGAUGCCAGAUAUCAAAUGGGUGUCAGCACUGAGCAAUAAUAGCAACACAUGGAAGGAGGUGCUGCUGUCAGAGACCUUCAAGAGAGCUGCCUCUGGAUUCCGAGACAGAUCUGUUGUGAUCUUCAUUAUAACAAAUUUCACAUCUGCAUAUGGAAACUGGUAUUUUCGGCGACACCACAGCACUCCAUGGAUACCCUUAGAGCUCACUUCUGAGAUUACCCCAGCACAUUACCUUCAAUACCGCCCUCUACCAAACCUGUAUGAGUUUGGCCUUGACUACAUCAAUAUGACUGAGGCAGGUACAGGAAUUGAUAGAACCGUGGUGCAGCUUAUUGCUCCAGAGUCUCCCUCAAUUCAGAUGAAGAAAGUUGUUUCUACAAUCACCACAGAAGAAGAUGUUUCAAAAGAAUUUUCAUUGUGGAGCAUCAUUAAUGUGAUGUGUAAUGACACCCAUUACUGGAGAGUAUGGAUGCAAGCAGCUGAUUUUCCCAAACAAGCUGCAAAGGCCAGCCUUCUGCAAUUCAGUUCUAAAAAUGUAAUAUUAUGGGUGACAUUACUCCAAAGUCCAGGUCUCCAGAAUAAUAUAGGAGAAGAUGGAGUUAUGGGAAGAGGAUUGAAGCUCGAGUGGGUAAAAAAUUCUGCCUUUCCUGAUGAGGUUUUGGCUGACCUUUACAUCUCUCUAAGUGAAGGAAAAGAGUGGUUUAGAAUGAAUCCUCAUAAGGCACUGAAGCUCCCUAUUGUGUCUUGUGAAAAAGUGCAGGACAUCAUGGUUAAGGUGCAGCCAACCCUUAAUGCCUAUGGAACCAGUACCCUGCGGCCAUCAGUGUAUCCUUCCACCUCAUCAAGGCUUGUCAAUGACUCAACAGAUAUGUCUGAUGAUGGAGAUAUAAAUGAUAUUGUUUUGGAGGUGACGAGUGUGAAUGAUUUACCAGUGGCAAGAACUUACCCAGAAUAUAGCAAGAUUCCAGCUCUUAGGGUAGGCGAGCAAAAUAAUGGAGUAUCUGUGGAAACCUAUGCAGAUGCCUUCUUUCAAGACCCAGAGAACAGUGCUUUAGGCAUCAUUAUACUGCAAGCAUUGAGUGGUCCAGAUGGUGACAAGUGGCAGUAUUCUGUUGAUGAUGGCAAAACCUUCAUUGAUAUAAUGGAUCUACAGGAAAACCCUUUUGACAUUCCUUUCUCAGUGCAAGAAGCCCGUCAAGGCCCAGUCCACUGGAGGAAAGAAAUUGAAAGAGUCAGCUGUAAUUUCAGAGGCUUAAUUAACAAUAUUGACAACUUGUCAUCACUAAGUAAUGACAAGUGUUUAACAGCGGCAAGGAAGAGAAUGAGCAGAAAGUUGGGUGCAGCUACAAGCAAUAGUUUUAACACCAGAAUGAAGAAACAAACUAUGGACACAGCAGGUAUAGCAGAGUUUGGAUACUCUGGCACAGGCAACCUCAGCCUGACAGGACCUGAAACAAAGCGUAAAGUUUUGUACUUGCCCUCAAAUGCUGUGCUGAGAUACAACACAUCUCGCAGUCCUUGGACUAAGGAGGAAGGAUUCAGGGACACUCGAUUGGUAUUCGUUAUUAUGGAUGGCAAUGCCACUGACCAGUCUCUUCAUCAAGUCCAGUGGAUGAACAUCAGCUUAAAGGAAGACUUAGGGAAAAAUGGUCUUGGGAGAGAUCCAGUUGUGACUGCUAUGAUGUGGCAAGACUGCACCAACCAAACUUUGGAGAUGCAUCCACCUCGCACAGUAGAUGCCUGUGGUCAGUGUGGUGGAAACAACAGCACUUGCACUGACUGUGCUGGUAUUCUCAAUGGAAAUGCUAAGAUGGUUUGUGGAGAGUGUGUUGGGGGUACUACAAACAAGGUUCGGGAAAAAGACUGUGCUGGUCAGUGUGAGAUGAAGAACCAUCUUGUCAACAUUGAUGGAGAAGAAAAGUGCCUAGCAAAUAGGACAUUUUGUGAUGGUUCCCUAACAUCUGGUGCUUACUAUGAUAGAUGUGGAAUCUGUGUAGAGGGCACCACAGGACAAGAGGCAAAUGAGGCAAUGGAUGAUUGUGGUGUGUGUUAUGGAGAAAAUGCAUGUUUUGGAUGUGAUAAUGUUCCACAUUCUGGAAAAGUUAUGGACAGAUGUGGGUUGUGCCUCAAGCCUGACAGUCCUCUUUUCAACAAUUGCUUGACCUUGACAGCCACUACAGAGGUUUUAGAUGCUGCUGUCAAUGAUGUUGCUGAUGUCAGCAUUCAGUCACAGUCAUCAGCUUCUCAUGGUGAGCACGACUCAAUGAAGAGGCAGCUGCAAUCCCUCCUAACCAUCAAGGCCCAAGUGACUGGACUCACUGGCAAGAGAUAUAAGGUGGAGUGUUGGCUUGAAGCUGAGAGUGAGCAGAUAUCAAAUGCUACUCGUGUACAGUAUGCAAAGGGUCAACUGAAGGCUACUUUCAAGAUACUGCUGUCAGGCAUUCAGUCCUUCAAAUGCACAUUUACACCAGUAAAAAAGAAAAUUACAUCAGGUAUGACGCUGGAAUCUGAAACAAAAGUAGAGGUGAUGGAUUCACGUUCUACCAUGAUGGAGACUGAUGCUACACUAUUGGACACCAAUACAGAUAAACAAGUCAAUGUGACUUUGAAAUAUGCUCCAUCUGUUGACUUUGCAAGAUGUUUUCUUCUCUACCAAGACCCAGCAGAAAGAGGAAGAGAGAAGAGCAUUGUAGUUGAGCUUGCUACUGAAGUUAUUGCUGAUGACCAAGUUGCCUGCACUAUUACCAGGUUUUCAAGGCCAGGAGAAGCACAACUUGGAGUUGCCCUUACACCCACAGCAAUUAAGGCAAUGUACCUGGUUCCAUUAAACAUAGGAACAAAGAGCAUUACCAUUAUUUCUCCAGCACCUGAAGUUAUGUCUGCUGUCUUGAACCGUUAUGGAGAUGUGCUUGUGAUCAAAUUCGAUCAAAAAAUUGAAUUUGACACAGAUUGCUCCAAUAUAAUCUUAUGGCCAUGGACAACCAAUAACAAUAGGCAGGCUCCAACUUGUCAGAUCCUAAGAUCCAAGGUGAAGGUAAGGUUGGGUCCAGACAUUAGUGUAGAGGGCAACACAACCCUCAACUUUACUAUUCCUGGGACUAUUAGAAGUGCCAAUGGAGAUCCUUCAACUGCUCCUUCAGCUUCAGGCAGUUUUAUGGUUAUUCAACCAAAGCAACAAAAGGAAGUAACUUUUCAUUUGAGUGGUGAUACAAGAGCCUGCAAUACUUCUGAGGUUACUGUCAUUAUCUCUCGUAUCAGAGGAGCAAGAAUCAAGGAUUUAGAGCCUGAAUGGAACAUUACAUGGGAGCCUUCACCAAGAUCUCAAGCUGAAACAGUUCUUGUAUGGCAGAGUCUCAACAAUCUGAAAGAUGCUAUGAAAGAAGAGUCUGUAGGCAGCAGGUUCCUCCUACGUCUUCCUGGCAAUGAGUUCCUUGACGGAGUUGAGUACAUGAUAAAUGUACACUUAAAACUAACGAAUGGAGAGCUUACCAGUGCCAAGAGUCUGACAGUGACCACCUUGCCCUCAGACCAGGCACUCAGGGUUACUGUGAGUGGACCUACCAUGGUCCUGGCUGACCAACCCAACAGUUACCAAGCAACAGUGACUUCUUGUUCGGACACAAUAAUCAAGAAGGACACAAAAUACAAGUACAUAUGGAAUGUGCUGGGUAGCAGGGCCUUGAAUGUCUUCCAAGGCAAAAGGAUUACACUUCCUGCAGGGACCCUGGUAGCUAACCAAAAUCAGAUUCUUAUGGUCAGUGUAAAGGCACUAGGACAGGAGGCUACAGGCACAGCCAGCUUGAACCUGUCUGUGAUUCCUCAAGGCAUCACUGUUGUUACCUCUGCUAGCUACUUAAGGAUAUGUGCCAGCACAGCCAUCAUAGUUGAUGCUUCCAACUCAAAAGACAGAGACAACCGUCCUGGAUCCCUCUCUUUUAGGUGGAAAUGUUCUUCAAAUGUCAGCAGCCCUUGCAUUGUUAUAGGAAAACCUCUAAGUGGACUUGAGAGUGUUUUAUCUGAGGAAGAAAUGAGGAAACCCACACUCAAAAUUCCCGCUGGAUAUUUACCUCCUGGCAGGUACACUUUGACAGUGGUUGUAAACAAAGGAAGAAGCUCUGCACAAAAAGAUGUGGAGGUUGAGAUUCUGAGAAGCAACUGUGAGAUUACUAUUGAGACAAACCCAACUGCUGUAUUGGUUAAUCCACUGGAAGAGGUCAUCAUUCCUGCCUAUGUCACCGGUCCACCAAAGUUGAAUGUACAGUGGCAGAGUAUCAAAGAACCUGGUUUUCACAAUAUUGAAAUGAUGUCAUUUGUUGAUACUGGUCAGCCCACCUUUUAUGAGGAUGCUAGUGAGCGCCGGCAGCACUUCCUCCAAUUCCCAAAGCCUGAACAACAAGAAUUCACAGGUCUCAUGAUGGGGGAGACCUACAAAUUUCGACUGAAAGCAUGGACGGACACCACUGAGACAAUUUUCAGUGAUGUAAUCCUCAGGACACCCUAUUCUCAAUUUGAGGGGAAAGCCACACUUGAGGUGUCUCCCUCUGCAGGAAUUGGCAUCCUGGAUAACUUCACCUUCACUAUGAAGCAUUCUGUUGACUCCAUAAAGGACCAGCCUUCCUCUGUGUACUUUGGUUAUCGCCUCCAAGACUCUCAGGAUAUCUGGUUUAUUCCAGUUACAAAUGAGGAUCCAGUAGCUGUCUAUCAGCUCCCAGCACGGUCAAACCAGGAAAAAGUAACACCAAUCGUGAAAGUUUGUGAUCCUUUUGGAAUCUGUCAAAAUGAAGAGGGUGACACCAUAACUCUCACCCUCCCAUCACAGCUGCCUCCAGGUCUUCUUGGAAAUCUUGUAAAUAGUUUUGAUAAUGACUUGAGGUGUGAUGAAUGCCUGAAAUCAGCACUGGAAAAAAUCACGGAUGACCUGGCAACCAUCAUUGCCAUGAAUUACAGCACAACAGCUGCUGCUGCACUCACUGAGGCAAUAGAAAUGUCCAUCAUAUCAGAAUUGCCCAACCUCAUAACCAGAACUCAGAACAAUCCAGCUCUAUCCCUGGACUUACUUGAAGGCCUAUUAGGUUUUGUGCAAGAGUUUGGUGCCAGUCCAGAGCUGCAGCAGCUCUGGGGUACUCUAGCUUGGGAAAGUUUUUCCAAGAAAUUUGGAUUACCUUCUCCAGACAUUAAAUACUCAUCAGCAGAAAUCAGUGAUGAAGAAAAUGAAGAAUUUAUCUAUUAUCCAAAAACUGAUGAUGAUUUAAAAGAUGCAAGGAAUGGAUACAAAUCACAUACUUCACAAAUAAGUUCUGCAGAUGCAAAUAAUCAGCCAAUGAAGCAAAGGGUCAAAAGGCAGGUUGCAGUCACUGGUGAGGUGCAGGAGCAGGAACAGAGAGGAUAUGUCACAACCACCAAAGAGAAACAGGAUCGUAAACUGAUGACAGUGGAUGAGGCAAGAAUAUAUCUGCAGACAUUUGAGACAUUGGUGACAGAAGCAGGCCCAGACACUGCCAAAAGUCACUUGAAGAAUUUGCUGGAUAGUCUCCCAUUCAUGUUGUCUGAGCUCUGCCUGCUGAAAACAGCUGCACCAAGAGAAGUGACAGGAGACCUGGUGAGCAUCACUGUAGCAUCCCCUGAUCUUAAAGACCAAGAAGACCAAAAGUUCUUCUUGAUGGAGAAGAAUGCUGACAGACCUCAACUUGUGCAGAAAAACAAUUAUGUGGUAUUUGGUGAUGUACUGCUUGACUAUGAACAGUGGUCUUGUAAGAAGAAAGAUGCAUCAGGUAAUACAUUAUGCUAUGGAGCUUGUCCUUCCACUGUGCUUUUGAAAGAUAACUUCUGGUCACUGGUGACAGGUGCCAGGACUCCAGGUCCCCUCAGAACACCAGUAGCAGGUGCAUUUCUACUUAGCCCUGAAUCAGGUACUGAGAUCCAAGUGACCUCAGAUGCCAGAAUUUUAUAUAACAUAAAGAUUCACAAUACCACAAGACCACCUGGCUAUAGAAUUGAGUGUUUUGGCUGGAGUGACCAAGAAUGGGAUAACACCAUUUGUAACACUGGUGUAACAGAGGUCUUUGGUAAAGUCAAGAAACUGGUAUGCACCUGCAAGAAGUCUAUUUAUGUUGCGGGAUUUCUGGUAAAGUUUUCAAUUACUCCAAGGAUCAUUGCUCCCAGUAUUGAGGAAGAACCAGCAGACCAAGCCUCAGAUUUUGCUCCACCUCCCCUAAAGGAUAAAGUUCAUGUCAUUAUGAUCAUACAUGCUGAUUAUGAUGAAGUGGUUGGAAAAAAUAAAACUGUACUUGAAGAAGAGUGGACAGUACAGAUUUCUGAGUCACUGGGCAUUCCAAAAUCAUCUAUUUAUAAUCUGACUAUUUCCAAAGGCAGUCUUGUGGUGGAGUUUGAUAUCCUUCCCACAUACACUCGUGCAGCCAGUAAGCCUCCAAGUGACGUCUUUGGUAAUCUUUAUGAACUGGUAAAUUCUGGAACACUAACCUUGACUGGAUUAUCCAAUGAACAGCUUCCAGUAUUGCCACAAGCCUUGGAUGGCAGUGGUCCACUUGUUGAAGAAAAGAAAGAUCCUACCAAGCUUCCACUAAUCAUAGGAGCUGUGGUUGGGGCCAUAGUAUUAAUUGUGGUUGUUUUCAUCUGUUUUGCCAUAUACUUUAAGAAUAAGAAGAAAAUGGACAAAGUUCAACCACUACAGAUGGGUGACACUAAGCAACCUACAUACAGUUCCAUAUACUUUGAACAAAUGCUGGAUGGCACCAUUGCAUCACUGGCUAAGCAGCGAAAUUCAAGCAACCGCAGCCUCUCCUCAGGGGGUUCCUAUGCAGAUGAGGGGAUCUACAUAGAGAGACGAGCAACACCCAGUUCCCGAGGUGGAUCAGGAAGCAAGUCAUGUGGAAACCUCAGCCAUGAUUCAGGUUUGGAUGAAGUACCUGAGCCUUUCCAAUACAAUAGUCCAAGCAAGGAGCAACUUGAGAGCUCAGGAGCCAUACCAGAGCACAUAUUUCAGAAGAUUGAGGCCAGUGCGGAGGGUCUCCUCCCUGGGUCACCUGAAGAGCCAGUCACUGUUCACCAUAAGUGGUGACUGUUAUAUCAUAUGCUGAGUUCCAGAGUUACAAGGACAUCUUAGAAAGUGUAACCUGUUUCAGGUGCUAUAGGAAGAAAGCAAAAUCUCUUCCUUAAUCACUACACACUUAUCAGUUACCUCACUAAUAACUGGCUGUGAAUGCAAAGAGCUAUGUUCAAAAUGUAACUAAUGUUGAAAUGUCUUUCUUAAAACUAGAUGCUUGUUUAGAUACCUUAACUGGUCACUCAACAGUGAAACCCCCAAGUACUACAUGUGAGGCUUUAAGCAAGAAUCUUUCAGUAAUUAUAACAUUCAUAGUCAAGAGACUUAUGAAAAUAAUAAAGUUUAUCCUACUGUAGUAGUAGAAAAUUUGAUGAAGUUGACAAACUUAAGAAGAAUUAAUAAUAGCGAGGUUUUGUUGUCAUAAGUAUUAUAAGAUAUAACAUAUAUGUUCCUAGGUUUGGAUUCUUAAACAGAUGGUAUUUGAGGGUUUUAUUGUUGCCUAGUUUGUAGCUAACAUUUGCACACAUAAAAAAUUUAAAAAAAAUGUGUAUAACUAAUUGUUCACUUAUACUAUUUUCAGGAGGAUGAGGUUUAAUGAAAUUUAUUUUUCUUACCAAAUACACUAGAUGACUAAAUAUAUAUGCUUACAUCCAGAAAAGUGUUGUGAUGCAUGUUCUUUGGGAAACAUUUUAUGUGAAAUAAGAUAUAAUGUUGAAACUGAACAAAUUCUUCGGGAUUUUGCUUUUGGAAAUCAAUUUAAUAUCAAGAAAACCCCCUAACUCAUAUUUGUACUCUUACUUUUAUGAUCACAAACAGGAUAUUGAAUGUGAAGUGAUGAAAUUUAGAUCUUCUCUCUUCUACUUAAGUGAAGAUCCUUGCAACUCUGACUAGCUAGGGAGCCACAUGGGCACUCAGUCCAUGUAUUUCAUCAGUAUUACCAAAUUAUGUGCAUUUUAGACAAGAAACUAGAAUACUAACUUGUUUUGUAACAUGAAGGAUUACAAUCAUAAUUAUUUCAACCAUUUCUGCACUAUUUUGUAUAUUUUUAUUUCAACAUCCUUAACAUUUAGAGUAAGGCUUUGUUAUAAAAUUUAUUAGUAAUAAUUACUGGUGUAUUCAGGGCCAGUGCUAGGAAUUGUGGGGGCCAAUUAGAAAACUGAUGGCGGGGCCCCUACUUUACAAAAGUAAAAAUUUAUGUAUGUUUAUAUUUCGUAGAGUAUGCUCGUCUUUAACCAAAAUAAUAUAGUAUGCAUAGUAAAUUAAUAAUGUGAGGAAUAAUAAUUUCUCAUUCUUCAUUUCACAUUUUCAGUAGUGGUUUAUUCCUCUUAGAAUACAGAAAAGGCUUCAACCAGUAACUCUGUCACCUCUGGCACUGGGCCCCUUAAGGUGCGGGGUUCAGUUUUAUAAAAUUGGUCAAAUAGGCUUAAAACCAGCCUUGGGUGUAUUUUAAACAUUCACAGAGCAGUGAACUAUACAAAUAGAAAACUGUGGCAUCUGUUUCCUUUUUGUCAUUAUUUGAUUCCAUGUAGAAUAGAAAGCCGAUAUCAAUGAUGAAUUAAUUAUUCAUCAUUUGUCUAUGCACAACGUUUAUGCAAGUGAUUUGAGUUUCUUCCAAAUACUGCAACAGUUACUGCAGGCAUUGCAUCUGACAUGCCAUUAUAAGUAUUAUUUAUUUGAAUGCAUGACUAAACCUACAAUGUGUAUGCUACUUUGCUUGCUUAAAUCUAAGCAACAAAACCCUCUAGCUUCUUAUGUCUGCAUGCCAAUAGUAUUGAUAUUUCAGUAGUAGCUUGUAAUGAGAUAGAUUAGAGGUGAUAAUAAUUUGUUUUGUAUUAUCUAGAUCCAGAGCUGAAACAAUGAAAGUAAUCCUAAAAUCAGUUAUAACCAAUUCCUAUAUAGGAAUUUAUUAACCUAAUAAUACAUGUUUAUCCUUUGUUUACAGUUGAAGAAGUUGCGGAAAGAAAGGGAGGCUCUGCCGGGAACACCAGUAGGAGACAUGCCUUGAAUGCUACCACUCCAUCUUGACUGCAGAUUGCUAUUGGCAGUAUAUAGAAAACUAAUAAAAUGUAUCUUCAUUUUUUUUCCUUUCUGCAAACUCAAAAUUAUGAAAUAUCAGUAUUUACAAAGAUGUAUUCAAAAGAUUAAAGUUAUCAUAACUGAAAAUAUUGAUGUAUUGUUGUGAUAUGCAGAGUUUGUGGCUGUCAACUUGAAAUACAGUAUUAUAUUUAAUGUCACUAUA